AUGUACGCUGAGUUUGUUGGAGAAGACCGUUGGGAAACUUGUUUGUUAGAUGAGAAAUAUGAAAUUCACUGUUGUGAGUCAUUUGAAGUCAGAAACAAAAAGACAAAAAGAGUUUUAAGCGAAUGGGAGCGAAAUGACGGAUAUGCUAUUAUGAAGAUGGGUGGAAAACACUAUCUUAAACAUGUUGUCAUUGCAACUCAUUUUAUACUGAAUCCUAACAAUUUACCUUUUGUAGACCAUAUAAACCAUAUAAGAAACGACAAUAGACUUGAAAACUUACGUUGGGUCACUCGUUCUGAAAACAAUAAGAACAAAGGCAAAUUUGGAGAUAUUGUAUUCGAAUUUGUCGACGAACUAGAAGAUGAAACAAUUGAAAUUACAGACUAUGGCAUACCAUUUUAA